AAACUCACGGGCCUCAAACUUCCACACAGUGACGCCGCUCCACGCGUACUGGUACUCGUUGCUGUUUCCUACGCGACUGUCCGGCUCCGCACAUCAGCCUGGGGGCCUGGCGCCCUGUCGCUCACUCCCACUCACCGAACGGGCACUUAUAAGUCGCAACGGGGUUUACUCCUGCUCGUUACCGUGAAAAACAAGCACCACCGUAGCUCAGUUACACACGACACCGGCAGACCCGCUCGCCUUCGUCUCCUCCUCCUCCACCUCCCGCUCUCACUCUACUGGCCGGCCCUCGCCUCGGUGCGUUCCCGAUGAUCACGUUCGCGGACCUGACGGAGCCGGCAGCGGCCGGCGCCGAACGGUGCGUGGACCGGCAGCUGUGGCUGGCGUGCGCGGGCGGCAUGUGCACCGUGCCGCCCGUGGGCGCCAGCGUCUACUACUUCCCGCAGGGGCACGCGGAGCACGCGCUCGGCCUCGCCGGUGCGGCCGACCUCUCCGCGGCGCGCGUCCCGGCGCUGGUCCCCUGCCGCGUCACGGCAGUGCGCUACAUGGCUGACCCAGACACCGAUGAGGUCUUCGCCAGGAUCCGCCUCGUCCCGCUGCGCGGCGGGGACGCGGACGCGGACGCGGGUGGCGUCGAGGACGACGCGGCCGCGGCGGACGAGCAGGAGAAGCCGGCCUCGUUCGCCAAGACGCUGACACAGUCCGACGCCAACAACGGCGGCGGGUUCUCCGUGCCGAGGUACUGCGCGGAGACGAUCUUCCCGCGGCUGGACUACGCCGCCGACCCGCCCGUGCAGACCGUCGUCGCCAAGGACGUGCACGGGGCCGCCUGGAAGUUCCGCCACAUCUACCGGGGCACGCCGCGCCGGCACCUGCUCACCACGGGGUGGAGCACGUUCGUCAACCAGAAGAAGCUCGUCGCAGGGGACUCCAUCGUGUUCCUCCGCGGCGACAGCGGGGACCUGCACGUCGGCAUCCGGCGUGCCAAGCGCGGGUUCUGCGGCGCCGGUGGAGGCGGAGGCGACGACUCCCCUGCGGCCGGGUGGGACCAUUACGCGGGCCUCAUGCGAGGGAAUGUGAGCCCGUGCGCGGCCGCCAAGGCACGGGGCAAGGUGCGACCAGAGGACGUGGCCGAGGCGGCGAGGCUGGCGGCCGCCGGGCAGUCGUUUGAGGUGGUGUACUACCCUCGCGCCAGCACGCCCGAGUUCUGCGUUCGCGCCGCCGCGGUCCGCGUGGCGAUGAGGGUGCAGUGGUCCCCAGGGAUGCGGUUCAAGAUGGCGUUCGAGACCGAGGACUCCUCCAGGAUUAGCUGGUUCAUGGGCACCGUCGCCGGCGUCCAGGUCACCGAUCCCAUCCGCUGGCCGCAGUCGCCUUGGCGCCUUCUUCAGGUGACCUGGGACGAGCCGGACCUCCUGCAGAACGUGAAGCGGGUGAGCCCAUGGCUGGUCGAGCUGGUGUCCAGCAUGCCGGCCAUCCACCUCGCGUCCUUCUCGCCUCCGCGCAAGAAGCCCCGGAUCCCGGCGUACCCGGAGUUCCCCUUCGAAGGGCAGCUCCUGAACCCGGCGUUCCCGCCCAACCCACUGCCGCACGGCCAGCACCACCACCAUUUCCUUCACUCCCACUCCCACCAGCACCACCACCCACCCUUCUUCCCGUUCCCGGCCGGCAGUGCUCCUGCAGCCAUACAGGGAGCCAGGCAUGCGCAAUUCGUUCCACCUUUCUCAGAACUCCACCUCACCCACUUGCAGCCGAGCCUGCUGUACCCCAGGCUCCGCCGUCCCGACCAUGUCGGUCCGACGACCCCGAUCCCGGCAAGAGUCAGCACGGACCUGACCAUCGGAGGCGCGGCGGCGGCGGCGCGCGACGACGACGACGACGACUUCCCGUGCGCUCCUCCGUCGACGGGUGCCAACAGGCAGAAGCCCGACGCCAAGCCGGCGGGGCUAGUGCUCUUCGGACGCACGAUACUAACCGAGCAGCAGAUGAGCCGCAGCGGCGCAACCUCCCCAGCGGCGACCGGCAACAGCUCCACGUGCUGGAACGCCGAGAAGGGGCCCAACGCCUCGGAGGGCUCGGGGGGAUCCGGCGUCAUCCAGACCAGCCCGGCCAAGGCCGCGUCGUCGGAGCGGCCGCCGUGGCUCGGGGGCGACGGCAGCCAGCAGCAGCAGGCCUCCGGCGAGCUCGGGCUGGGGCUGGAGCCCGGGCAGUGCAAGGUGUUCGUGGAGUCGGACACGGUGGGCCGCAACCUCGACCUCGCGGCGCUGCGCUCGUUCGACGAGCUGUACGGCCGGCUGUCCGGGAUGUUCGGCGUCGCGGGGGCGGAGCUGCGCAGCCGCGUGCUGUACCGCGGCGCCGCCGGCGACGAGCCCUUCAGCGAUUUCGUCAGGUCGGCGCGGAGGCUCACCGUAUUGACCGAUGCUGGGAGCGACAACCUUGGAAGCUAAACGACGACGAGGAGCAGUGAGAGAGAACCGUUCCAUUCCAGCCGCGAGGGUUUAUGUUCUUCGGUACUGGUACUGUUAGACUGUACUAGUACUGUACAGGUGAGGCCGGGAGCUAAGGUUUUGUUCAAAAUCCGUUCCAAGUCUGAACUCUGAAGACAUAGAGAGAGAGGGAGAGAGGUUUCAGAUCGUAAGGCAGCGCCACCAUGACCAGGCACGUUGCCUUCAUCUCGUGUGUGUCCAUCCAAAAAAUCGCUGUAAAACUUGGGGGGUAAUUAAAACCCUACUAGUACUACUACUACUCAUCUUGUUCCUUGUC